AGGAGGAGAGCGACCAUGCUGGGACAGAGUGUCACCUUGCGGACCAGCAACCAAAGCCUACUGGAGCCAAUGGAAAAGGUUGUAUCUAAAAGAUGGAAUUUUAUUACGAUGGUUCUACCUGAUGGAAGGCCCUGAAUUCUACCCCCAGAUCAUCUUGCCGCGAGGGUUCUGUAAGAAUGUCAUGCACUAUAUGCACGAUGGACCUGUCGGCGGACAUUUCGGAGUGGAGCGAAUGUUGUCUCGAUUACAGACCAGGUACUACUGGUAUAAGAUGCGGGAAGAUGUGACGCUGUGGUGUCGUACAUGCACCAGCUGCGCUGCAAAGGCCCGACCCACCAAGAGACCCCAAGCGCUUAUGGGUACUGUGAGAGUGGGAGCUCCCAUGGAAAGAAUUGCUGCUGAUCUGAUGGGCCCCAUGAAUGAGACCGAACGAUUUAGCCGAUACAUUCUAGUAGUACAAGCAUUGGGUCAAUCUGUUGAGCGUGCUAAAAGGCAGUACAACAAGACAGUCGCGAGGAGACAGUACAAAAUCCGCGAUGCUGUGUGGUACCUCAUAAAAGGGACUAAACGAGUGAAGAACAAAAUCAGGAAGUUCCUCCCAUCGUAUGAGGGCCCUUACUUCUUCUUGGGGCACCUGGAUGAUCUUGUGUACAGGAUUCAGAAAAGCCCAAAGGCAAAGGUGAAAGUUGUUCAUCACGAUAAACUAAAACCUUACCAUGCUCGGCAGCCGCUGGAUAACAGCUGGGUGCUCAAAGACUCUGAAUCCUGGCAGCCUCUGGAAGUUUCUCCUCCCAGCCUGGAAGAUGAUCCUAGUAAUGUCGACAUUAGCCUAAACAGCCUGUUCUCCCAGGAAAUUGUGGACAGCGUUACCCGGGAUAAAACACCCACUCUUGACAUAAUUUCUGAUGUCUCAGUGCCUGAGCCUGAGGAUGUUGAGCUCAGUGGGGGUAGCACGGUGCCACAGGAACUAACAGGGACUGUUUAUGGCCAAAAGGGGGAAAGGCCACUACGAACCAAAAGACAGCCAAAGUGGUACGGAGAAUGGACUUCCUAA